GCAUCCUCACCGGGCCGGUCCCCGCCCUGCGCCGCGCUCGGCCCCGCCAUGGUGUCCUGGAUCAUCUCUCGUCUGGUGGUGCUCAUCUUUGGCACCCUGUACCCAGCCUAUUCUUCCUACAAGGCCGUGAAGACCAAAAAUGUGAAGGAAUAUGUGAAAUGGAUGAUGUACUGGAUCGUCUUUGCCUUCUUCACCACGGCCGAGACACUCACAGACAUCGUGCUCUCCUGGUUCCCCUUCUACUUUGAGCUCAAGAUCGCCUUCGUGAUUUGGUUGUUGUCCCCUUACACCAAGGGCUCCAGCGUGCUCUACCGAAAGUUCGUGCACCCAACGUUGUCCAACAAGGAGAAGUACAUCACACAGGCCCGAGACAAGAGCUAUGAGACCAUGAUGAGGGUGGGCAAGAGGGGCCUGAACCUGGCCGCCAAUGCUGCCAUCACGGCUGCUGCCAAGGGCCAGGGGGUGCUGUCAGAGAAGCUCCGGAGCUUCAGCAUGCAGGACCUGACGCUGAUCCGAGAUGAGGAUGCGUUGCCCCUGCAGGGGCCCGACAGUCGCCUCCGACCCAGCCCUGGUGGCCUCCUGGACACCAUUGAGGACUUAGGAGAUGACCCUGCCCUGAGUUUAAGGUCUAGCGCAAACCAGGCCGAUCCCCGGACAGAGGCCUCAGAGGAUGACGUGGGAGACAAGGCCCCCAAGAGGGUCAAAUCCAUCAAAAAAGUACCAAAAGCUGAGCCCUUGGCUUCCAAGACGUUGAAGACCCGGCCAAAGAAGAAGAGCUCCAGCGGGGGCGACUCAGUGUGAUGUUCGCGCCCCAGGCUGCAGUGUGCGGAGUGAGGAGGAAGCCCGGGUCGGGCACAGCCCCAGCCCCUGCUCCACACUGUGCCACUAGCCCUGAGCCCCCUCAGGUGGCCACUCCUCUGGAGGGGGCCUGGAAAGGAGGAGAGAGGCCCAGCUGCGGAGGUGAUGUCAGAGACUGGCCAAGGCUUUGCGGACUGAGCCCCCUAGGAGGUGGGAGGCUGCCCCCCCCCGCCAGCCCCUUUCCCUGCUCUAGCCCUGUGCCGCCCACCCAGUGCCUUGCCGAAGACCGUGGCCAGCCCUUCUCUGAGCCCUGAUGUAUGCCUCCUGCUCUCCCUGGGUUGGAAAGGGGAGCACUCACAGCACAGGGCAAGGAGGGGCCUGAAGGCACCGGAAGAAAUGGAGCAAAUGGGCCGCAGGCCCGAGGAGCCUGGGCAGCUGCCAGUGCAGGACAUAGGGUUGGUGUGGGUUUACAUGACCAGGAUGGCCCACCCAGCACCGCAGCCGUGGGCCUGUGGGCUUCCUGUCCCCAUUAGAGAGAUGGGGCUGCAGGAGUGUGUGUGUGAGUGUAUCUUACGGGGCUGGGGUGGCGGGAGUUUGGGUGAAGGACUCUGCUCCAGGGGUCACCUCCUCCUGCUCUCAGGCCUGGCCUUUCUCUUUCUGGACCCCCCAUGCUAGUCUCUGAGACUUGGAGGACUCCAGCCCAUUGCAGUGUGGGGCUCCGGGAUGCCUCUCACCUCCCUGCCUGUCCUCUAUCCCUGCCUGGCUCUGGGCCGGGCUCCUGCACUCCUGAGGCCCAGCAUGGAAGAAGCCCUGCUGAGCUGGCUCCGUUCCUCCUCCCGGAACCCCGUCCUGUCUUUCCUUGCCCAGGGUCCCCUUCCUGUGCCAAGCAGACCCCUGUCAGUCUGGCUCAGCCUCACACCCUGCCCCACUUCUGCCAUGGCUCCUGUCAGGAACCGGAGGAAGUUGUGAAGGAGAAAGAAAUGCAAGAACCAAGGGCUCCCGAAUCCUGGGAAGAGGCUGCACACUGGACCUUUGGCACUGGAUGAGCCAAUAAACUAAACUCUUGACACCUCAUAUAUUUUGGCUUUUGUA